ACAUCUGCCCGGAGUUACGCCAAAGGCUUUCCUCCUACGACUCGAUCUAGCUUUCCAGUGAUCCCCAGCAACAGAUCAGUUCACCGAGACAAGAUCCUGCUGAAGCGGCCCUUCAAAGUCAAUUCGAGUGCGAGAGAUCUCGGUCAGUCACCUACUCUUGUAGCUAGAAAGGUUUCACCUUAUUCUGGGGAUUGCGGAACGCUUCGUGAAUGGGUGGCUGCUCGCCCCGCCCGUUCUACGAUUAGAACCAAAUACCAGCAACAUGGAAGUGUAUCACCGAUAAGUUCACCGUCAGGCGAGCGCUCUUCUUGAACCACCUGGCCCGUGGGAUACGUACCGCGCCCUUGCUCUCCAGAGGUCCGAGUAUAAGAUAGCUUUCGUCUGUCGGGGCUUCAUCAAUCAGCAUUUGCCCAAAUCCUUCUUUACAACUGACCCCGAAGAGAGCCUGCUUCCCCCUCAAAAUUUGACAGAAGACAUGAAGUUCACCUCCGUUCUCGCCAGCGCGUGCCUGUUCGGCAUCGCCCUCUCCGUCGACGACUCUCUCUACGCUCCCGGACCUGGCGUCGAGCCGGAAUUCAAAGCUUACCUCAAUGAACUAUAUUAUCAAGCCGAACAACCCCCUUCAACAACGGAAUUCACAGACUUCUUCACCCCCGAUGGCAAACUCAUCGUGCGAGGCAUCGUCGCCACUGGCGCAGCCGAGAUUUUGGCUUUGAAGCAGAGACUUCUCCCUACAGCGGGCAAUAAACACUGGAACCAUAUUCAGAACGCCACGACGGUGGACUCGGAGUCGUCGACGCAGAAGACGUAUCAGGUUUUGGGCAUAAUUGAUACCACAUAUGAUGGCGGGAAUUGCUCGAGAGCUUACUAUUCAAGCCGAUUCACCGUAAUCAAAGGUGCAGGUGGCGCGUUAGAUCUUUCCCCUCGAGUGAAGAAUUUGGCUGCUUAUGAUGAUUUCAUCAUUCAGCCUUCAGUCUCUCCAACGGAUAUUCCUUGCGAAAAGGUUUGAUCGGAGUUCCGAAUGAUGAGUUCUCUCUCUCGCUCUCCGAUGUCUAGAUCCGGCCAGAGUGAACCGCGAGCCUUGUCCAUGACCUGGCAUGGAGCCGGAGGGAGGCAACAGGGGAGGGGGGGCAUUUGACUCUCACUAGUAGCUGUACCCUGCUUCGAGUCUCUAAGGGGGGUUCGGAGUAAGCUCCGUAGUACCGCGUUCAUCGCCUUCACCCGUGGGGGGGCUCCAGAUCUGCGUGUGUACUUGCAGUCCGUAUAGAAACCGUG